UUCUAUUAUGAGCGGAGAGUAUGGCGAAUGCGAAACCGACCACCUGUAAAGAAGCGAUUCGGCGAUGGGAAGAGGAGAAUGGACAAGAAGCUUCCACCGCUAAAGAAGUUAUCCUGAGCUUUCAGUGGCCCCCCAUAGAGAAGAUGGACAAUGCUUUGGCGACUUUAGUCAAUUGUGAGAAGCUUUCACUGUCGACCAAUAUGAUCGAGAAAAUUGCAGGAAUCGGAACCCUGAAAAAUCUGACGAUCCUCUCGUUGGGUCGCAACCUGAUUAAAUCAUUCUCCGGGUUGGAGGCAUUAGGCGAUACCCUGAGGGAACUAUGGAUUUCGUAUAAUCUGAUCGAGAAGAUGAAAGGAAUCAACUACAUGAGGAAUCUUCGCGUGCUCUAUAUGUCGAACAAUUUAGUAAGAGAGUGGCACGAAUUCAACAGGCUCCAAGAACUGGCUAAUCUUCAGGAUCUACUCUUUGUUGGAAAUCCGUUGUACGAGAGUAUGGAGGUGGAACAGUGGAGAGCAGAGGUCGCGAGACGUUUACCAACGUUGGAGAAGUUGGAUGGUGAACCCGUUAUUUGGACGGAACUCAGCGUCACUCAGUUGCAGACUGAUAGUCCUUCGCAGUCGCAGAAAUCUUUGGAAUGAGGUGUUGUUUUGAUUGAUCGGGACGUUGCAAUAUUUUUAAAUUUUUUUAUUGGACAUUUUGAAGUGAUUGAUAUGUUUGA